AUUUAUUUGAAAUGCAGACAGAGAAAGGCAUCUUCCAUCUGCUUGUUCACUCCCCAGAUGAUGGCAAUGGCCCAGACUGGGCCAGGCUGAAACCAGGAGCCCAGGCUUAUGUUGGUCUCCCACAUAGAUCGCAAGGGCCCACUUUUGAGCCAUAUUCUGCUGCUUUCCCUAGGUACAUAAGCAGAGAGCUGCACCAGAAGCAGAUCAGGGGCAGGCGUUGUGGCGUGGCAGGUAAAGCAGUGCCGGCAUCCCAUACGGGUGCUGGCUCGAGUCCUGGCUGCUCUACUUCUGAUCCAGCUCUCUGCUAUGGCCUGGGAAAGCAGUAGAAGAUGGCCCAAGUCCUUGGGCCCUCCCCCACGUGGGAGACCCAGAAGAGGCUCCUGGCUUUGAAUCAGUAUAAGCUCCGGCUGUUGCAGCCAUCUGGGGAUUGACCAGUGGAUGGAAGACCUCUCUCUCUCUCUCUUUCUCUCUCUCUCUCUCUCUCUCUCUGCCUCUGCAACUCUGCCUUUCAAAUAAGUAAAUAAAUCUUAAAAAACAAAAACAGAAAAAGAAAAAGCAGAUUAGCCAGUUCUCAGUGUGCUGAUAUGUGAUUCUAGCAUUGCAGGCAGUGGCUUAAUCCACUGAGCUAUUAUGCCAGCCCCAUGAUUUUCUAUUUAAUAAUUUCAUUUUGCCUGUGCUUAAAACUGGAAGAAAAAUGAAUAAAUCUAUAAAUUACCCCUGCCCCCCACUGUGGUGGAUUACUACAGUCUUAAUGCUGUGGUUCCAUCCCUUAGAGUCUCCAUACACAAUAUCCAGUAUUAUUGAAGUACAGAUUCCAAUUAAUAAUCUGCAAAUAUUUGACUCCUAUAGGUUUGGCUAAUAUGUUCUCUUCAGUUCCGAUUUCAGAUGCAUUUUGUUUGCACCUCCAAGGAGACACAACAUACCUUUUCCAGAGUACCAUGGGAUACCUCUCCAUCUUUGUUGUCACAUAUAAUAUUACAGACAAGAUCUUAACUUACCCACUUUUCUCUAGGGACAUAGGUAUAACAUUACAUUGAUGAUAUCCUGUUGCAAAGGCAUUUUUUUAAAAAUUAUUUUUAAGGUUUAUUUAUUUAAAAAGCAGAGAGAAAGGGAGAAACAGAGAAAUAUUCCAUAUGCUGGUUCACCCCCCAAAUGCCCACAAGCCCCAUCUUGUUUUGCUCUUUUUCAGAGAUUCUGUUUCAGGUGCUCCCUGCACAGAAAUAUGUUUCAGUGGUCUGGGCCUGAGCACCCACCUCCUAGCUCAUGUUAGGGACUUAGAAGUAGACCAGAGUUGCCAGCGCUGUGGGAUUGGUUCAUGUCUCAGCUGCUCCUUUUCUGAUCUAGCUCUCUGCUUAUGGCCUGGGAAGGCAUUGGAAGAUGGCCCAAGUGCUUGGGCCCCGGCACCCACAUGGGAGACCUGGAUGGAGCUCCUGGCUCUGGCUUCACAGCGGCCCAGCUCUGGCUGUUACAGCCAUUUGGGGAGUGAACCAUCAGAUAAACCUCUCUCUCUCUCUCUCUCCCUCUCUCUGUAAUUCUGCCUCUCAAAUAAAUAAAUAUUUAAAAAAAAAAAAAAGAAGAAGAAGAAGAAGUGAACCAGAGAAUACUAUUGCUGUGUGUGCACUGGGAAAAGUUGUAUUAUCUCCUUCAUGAGAUUAUCACCAUGGGCAAGUAAGAGAGUCAUAUUUAUUUGGACAGAAGUUUCCUUUAAAAUGAAGCUGUCAUAAUUUUCCUGAUGAGUAAUAUGGUUCAUAAUCCCUUUUUCUGGGUGUAGGUGAGAUAGGACUACUCUAGCAUUUAGUAGAGUAUAUGUGAGUUUUCAUAAACAUGCAAGAUUACAUGGGCAUUUCAUACUAGGACAGAUGGAGUUUUUAGGCAUCUGAGUGUGUGAAUUAUGGUCAGCUCUGGAUUCUUACGCUUUCUUUCCUACCUGUGAAGUUAUUGUAGGAACCCAGUCUGCCUUCAUGAAGAAAAGAUAGAGGUAUCAAGGAUGUUGACUGACUGCUCGACUGAUUGUUACCAGGAUGUCAGCUCAUCAAACCUAGUCUGAUCUCUUGGUUGGAACAAGAAGAGUAUUUGAGUACAGUGCCGAGAGGAGUUCUAGAAUGGGAAAUGCAACUCAAAACCAAAGGGUCAACACUUCAGCAGAACUUUUUCAGGGAACAAACCUCUAACGGGAAACACAUGAGAACAAGCAACAGUGUUGGUGAACUCUGUGAGUGUAGCCAGUGUGGAGAUGUUUGUAGUGAACACUCGUGUUUAAAGACACAGACGAGAACUCAGAAUACAGGGAACCGUCAUGAGUAUGAUCAGCAUGGAAAAGAUUUCCUUACUCUGCAUGCAAAAACCUCUGUUGGAGAGCAGCUUUCUGAAUUUGAGUGUGGAAAAACCCUCAGCAUGACUCCAAAUGUAAAUGAGAGAACAUGCGUGGGAGGAAAACCUUUUGAGUGCAGUGACUAUGAGAAAGCCUUUGUUAAUCAGUCGUACCUCCAAGCUUUUAUGAGAACUUACAAUGGAGAAAAACUCUAUGAAUGGAACGAAUAUGGAAACAGUUUUAUUUUCCCCACAAAUCUUCCUAUGCAUAUAGAAACUCUUAAUGCAAAAAAUCCCUACAAAUGUAAGGAAUGUGGAAAAGGUUUUAGAUAUCCUGCUUAUCUUAGUAAGCACAUCCGAACCCACACUGGAGAGAAACCCUAUAAAUGUACAGAAUGUGGAAAAGCUUUUGCUCAGUUUUGGGGUCUUUCUCAACAUGUACGAAUUCAUAGUGAAGAAAAGCCCUAUGAAUGUAAGGAAUGUGGAAAAGCCUUCAGUGUUUCUUCAUACCUAACUAAACAUGCAAGAAUUCAUACUGGAGAGAAACCCUUUGAAUGCAAGGAAUGUAGAAAAUGCUUUGGAAAUUCUUCAUACCUUAAGAAGCACAUUCAAGUUCACACUGGAAUAAAACCCUAUAAAUGUAAAGAAUGUGGAAAAGCCUUCACUCAGUCCUCAGGCCUUACCAAACACGUACGAAGUCACAGCGGAGAGAAGCCCUAUGAAUGCAAGGAAUGUGGGAAAGCCUUCACUACUUCCACUUGCCUGAUUGCACAUAUAAGGACUCACACUGGAGAGAGGCCUUUUGUUUGUAAGCAAUGUGGGAAGGCCUUCGCUAGGUCCUUUUGUCUCAUUGAACAUAUAAGAACUCACGCUGGAGAAAAACCCUAUAAAUGUGAAGAAUGUGGGAAAGCCUACACUGCGUCUUCAGACCUGACUAGGCACGUAAGGAUUCAUACAGGAGAGAAUCCCUAUAAAUGUAAGGAAUGUGGGAAAGCCUUUGCUCACUACUCAAACCUUUCUGUACAUCAAAGAACUCACACUGGAGAGAAGCCUUAUGAAUGUAAGAUAUGUGGGAAAGUAUUUACAUAUUCCUCAAGUCGUAACAGUCACAUACGAACUCACAAAGCCCAAUAACCAUAGACGUUUAAGAAAUAUGUGAAUGUUAAAAGUUUCCACAAACCGGCCGGCACCGCAGCUCACUAGGCUAAUCCUCCGCCUUGCGGCGCCAGCACACCGGGUUCUAGUCCCGGUCGGGGUGCCGGAUCCUGUCCCGGUUGCCCCUCUUCCAGGCCAGCUCUCUGCUGUGGCCAGGGAGUGCAGUGGAGGAUGGCUCAGUGCUUGGGCCCUGCACCCCAUGGGAGACCAGGAGAAGCACCUGGCUCCUGUCAUCGGAUCAGCGCGGUGCGCCGGCCGCAGCGCACUACCGUGGCGGCCAUUGGAGGGUGAACCAACGGCAAAAAGGAAGACCUUUCUCUCUCUCUCUCUCUCUCUCUCACUGUCCACUCUGCCUGUCAAAAAUUUUAAAAAAAAAAAAGUUUCCACAAACCUUAAUAUUCGUGUGCUAUUCUACACUGGUGCAAAACUAUAAAUGUAAGCAAUGUGACCAAUCCUUCAUUUAUUUCAGUUCACUUGAAAUACAUGAAAGAUGUCACAGUGGAGAGAAACCUACUGAAUAUAAGGUGUGUGAUAGAACUAACUCCAGUUUUAGCGAAUUUAAGAGAAUUUGUAAAAUACUUUAUAGCUGAUGUGUACUUGCAAUAAAUUUUUAAGAAGACAUUCCUCUGUUAGUGGUUUAAUACCUGCUUAAGGUUGUGGUCUUCACACUAUUUUUUAUUGGCUCUCUUUUGAAUAUGAAAGUAAUUUGUGGGUUGUUGAGAUUUUGUCAUUCAGAACACCUUAUUCCCUGGCAUCCUUUCUUUCCUAUGAUAAGAGCAUUCAUGAGUAAGU